GUCAUUCUGUUGGGUUCCAAAAUAUGCACAGACGAGUAAAUACAGGAGAAUUGAGAGAGGAGAAAGCACUAACAGGUAGGGAGAUGAAUCAGGAAAGGCUUGAAUAAACAGACAGUACUGGAGCUGUUCUUUGCAGGAAGCUAGAGGUUCUGAGAGACGGAGAAAGUAGGUGUUCUAGAUGUGGGAGGCAGCCAUAUCAAGUCUGAGGAACAGUUCAUAGGCUAGUUUGGGUAGAACAGAGAACACAGAUCGGGGACCGAUAAGAAAUGACUAGAAAUGUAGGCGAAGGCUAGAUGGGGGAGGCCUCUUCAUGUCAGGCUGAGUCAUCUGUGUUUUAUCCCAGAAGGGAAAGGUAAUGGCUGAGGAGUUUUGAGCAGUGUGUGGAUGACGUCUGAUCUAUGGAUGGGAGUAAACAAAUUCCAGGCAUGUGUAUUACUGUGCUACUAUUGUCUGUGAAGUGCAAGGAAGUGAGUUCCAGAGAGAAAUGUCAAGAGUCAAAGUCUUUGCGGCCUACUAUCUCGGUGAAGAAGAUGGACCGUGUCCUGUGCCCAGGGGAGCAUGGUGAAGAGAAUGGCUCGGUAAUGGAACACAAAACAAUUCCUUGGCAGAUCUUCCCAGUACUUUCAGAUCAACAGUCUCAGGGAGUUGAACUGGUCUUGGCAUAUGCAGUACCUAUCCUAGACAAGAAAAAGACUUCUCGCUUGGUGAAGGAGAUAUCAGCUGUGUACCCAUUAGAGGGCCAACAGCAUCUCAAAAGGGUCCGAGCAUGCACAGAUAAGGCCAGUCCUCACCCAUUGGAAAUGUUGAUUUGUUUAGCAAAGCCUGGGAAAGAGAAGGCAGAAGGUUUGCACACACUUUCAGAGCUCCUGCCCGAUAAACAAGUAGACUGCUGUGGCCUAGGAGAACCAUUCCUUGUUCAUGUACCUGCCCAUCCCCCUUUGACCAGGAUGCAGUUUGAGGAAGCCAAGUUCCAUUGGCCUACAGCCUUUCAUGAAGACAAAUAUGUCACCAGUGCCCUCACAGGGCAUCUUUUUUCAAAAGAAGAAAAGGUGAAGAUGCAGACUUACAUGAAACAAGCCAUCUGGGCAGCCCAGCAAGGAGCAGAAAAGGGGAUGAAGGCUAUCGGAGCCGUAGUUGUUGAUCCAGCCACAGAAGCUGUUCUUGCUGUAGGCCAUGAUUGUAGAAGCUCCUCAAAUCCAUUGUUACAUGCCACAAUGGUUUGCAUAGACCUUGUUGCCCAAGGACAGGGGAGAGGCACAUAUAAUUUUAAAUCUCAUCCUGCUUGUAGUGUCUCAUCACUGGGGAACAGAGACCCAUCAGCCUCAAAAGCUAUCCGAGCUGGAACAGUACGAAAAUUUGAAUCCAGAGACAAUGGGUUGCCCUAUAUCUGUACUGGCUAUGAGCUUUAUAUCACAAGUGAGCCAUGUGUAAUGUGUGCCAUGGCUCUGGUACAUUCCCGAAUUCAAAGGGUCUUCUAUGGGACAGCAUCACCUGAUGGGGCCCUGGGCACCAAAUAUAAGAUUCACACCAGACAGGACCUGAAUCAUCGUUUUGAGGUGUUCAGAGGCAUCUUAGAGGACCAGUGUUGUUCCUUAAUCAAAGAUAGCUAGUCAGACAGCCAGUCUGCCAAAUAGCUUUCAUUUUUUUCUUUGCUAGUUCCUUCUCUUUUCAUCAUAAUAUAACCCAUUCCUAUCCCCAUCUCUCCCAGGUAGCCAGCAGACUUUCCAUUUCUCUUCACCAGUGCUAGAUACCCUUAGGUGGUCCCACAUAGGUUCUUCUCUUGCCCCCUCUUUUUUAUGAUCUAGCUGUUUGUAACUAAAGACAAAAAUUCAGUAAGUCUUCAGAGUAUCACUUCCCAUGUUACAUUUAUGAAUUUGUUAGACUGCUUACUGGCUAAUUUCACCUGGAAAAUUUGUUGCAUGCCCUUCUUGUGAUCAUGCAAAUUAAGUCUUUGGCUGGCUGGCUGGAGCUUCUACUGCAUAGCAUUUCACAGUGGGGGCCCUUGUUGGUGUGUGGCUGGGAUGUAGGGUCUCUAGCAGUGUGAUGAAGUGGGAGAACCAUUACUUUGUUUUUAAAGCUCAGAAAUCCUGGAUGUGACUUUUUAUGAUAACCAUGAUUAUCUUUUUUGUUAAAUUAUGGAAAACAAACUUUGAAAUGCCAAAAUAAAAAUAAGAGAAAUGAAUUUGGAUCAUUUCUAAGACAUUUAAUUUUCUCAUCUGUAAAAUGGAGAUGAUAGUACUUGUACUACCUACCUCACAGGGUUGCUGUGGGGAAAACACUUUGCAGACCUUCAAGUGCCCUGCAGGUGUGGGUUAUUAUCAUAAUUAGUAUGGAGGCCUAGGUACCGCACAACCAUACCUGUAUUAAUUGUACUUCCUAAGUGUCUGUGAUGAGCUCAGAAUCUUCAGUACCAAUUCUGGCUCUGCUGUUAGAUUCAGCCACCUCCACAAAGCAGUGAGUUAGGCUGAGCAACCUUUCAAAUUGGGGGUCCUUUGUGGAGCAUGGCUUGGGAAAACGCUUCACCAGCAGCGUGAUGAGGCGUAAGAACCAUUACUUUGUCUCUUAAAUCUCUAAUCCCUGCUUGUGACUCCCACAGCGGAGGAGGUAACCGGAGGAGGUGACCGCUCUCACUGAACACUGGAUACUGGAUUUGGAGUGAGGGGGGCCUGGUGCCAAACAUGUGUGUGACCACAGUCAAGGCACUUCCUCUCUUGAGGCCUCAGUUUUCUCAUCUAUGAAGAUGAAAGGUUUGGACUAGUUGUAAGAUCCCUUUAGCUUUAAAUCAUGCUGAACGUCAGCAUUGCAAACACUGGAUGAUUCGGGAACUAGAUUACACAGGUAUAGAAAGGAGAAGAUUGUUGCAGAACCCAGAAGUUUAACAGAUAAAUGUUGAAUUCAGUUCAAUAAACAUUCUUUUUAAAAAUUAAAAAAACAAGUUUUUAUUGAUAUUGUUUGUUUUUAUAUCACUUCUGCUUCCCACUGUAUCCCUCCCAAAGCCCUCUCUCAGAGAGCUGUUUCUUAUAAUAAAGGAGAAAAAGAGAGAAAUAAAGGAGAAAAAAUUGUUAAACUGACCACCAUAGCAAAAAAAAAAAAAUCCAACAUAUUCAGUGUUUCACACCCAUGGUCCAUCAUUUGUGUAAUGAAGUGGUGAAGAAACUGUCUUUCCCUCAUUAGAAUGUAAGCUCUUUGAGGGCAGAGACUAUCUUGCUUGUCUUUGUAUCCUCAGAGCUUAGUACAAAGUGUUUAACAAUACUUUGAUCUCUCUUCUCACCUUUCUUGUUUGGAGCUAAGCUUGGGCUUUAUAAUUUUGCGACAUUCAUUUUCAUGUAUUUGGUUGUUACUGUUGUGUAUAUUUUUUUCUUGGUUCUGCUUACUUUACUUUGAAUCAAUUCAUAUGCCC